AUGAACGCGAUCAUGCUGCGGAGUCGUCCGGGCGGCCCCGCGCUGCGAUCAAUUGGAUUGCUAUCGGGUCGAUUGAACACUGCACGAGUCCCUUUGGCCACUAGAUUUCCCACCACACGAUCUUUGAACACCCUACUACCUCGAAGAGCCCUCCCACCAAAUGCUUCCCGCCUAGCUUCCCAUGUACCAAUCGCGAUUCGAUUCAAAUCCGAUGUCGCAGGCGAAGCCGCGCGCUCCAAGCCUUCUCGACUGGUUCGUGUGAUUAGUAAAACAUUCUCAUACUGCGGUGUUCUGUUCGCUGGUGCGACUAUCUGGGUUGUUGCGUUCUUUAUCUACGAUGCUAGCACAUACCGUGAAACGCCUACCAGCGAGGACAUCCCUGUCUCAGAAUUGGCCUUAAACCCUCGCCAUGGAGGCCCGAAGAACCUUCCCAUUGCUGAUUUCCUCGUUGGGGAUUAUGAUUCGGAGUCUAUGCUUGAACAAAAGGAUAAGCCACGCUUGGUGAUAUUGGGUACUGGUUGGGGAAGCAUCGCGCUGCUUAAGAACCUUAACCCCGGUGAUUAUCAUAUCACAGUCGUUUCUCCAACAAACUACUUCCUGUUUACCCCCAUGCUUCCUUCUGCUACCGUUGGCACUUUGGGUCUUCGAUCGCUUGUGGAGCCCGUUCGUCGUAUCAUUGAUCGCGUCAAUGGGCAUUUCUUGAAGGCUGAAGCUACGGAUGUUGAGUUCUCGGAGAAACUGGUUGAAGUUUCGCAAGUUGACAAGGAUGGGAAGAAGAGAAACUUCUAUCUGCCUUAUGAUAAGCUCGUUGUUGGUGUCGGUUGUGUGACAAACCCUCACGGAGUGAAGGGCCUUGACCACUGUCAUUUCCUGAAGACAAUCGACGAUGCCCGCAAUAUCAAGAACCAGGUCCUUAAUAAUAUGGAACAUGCCUGCCUACCCACCACUUCUGAUGAAGAGCGCAGGCGUCUAUUGUCGUUUGUGGUGUGUGGUGGUGGUCCUACUGGUGUUGAGUUUGCUGCGGAGCUUUUUGAUUUGUUGAAUGAGGAUCUGUUGCAUUCUUUCCCUCGCAUUAUUCGCAAUGAAAUUUCGGUGCACAUAAUUCAAAGCCGGACUCACAUACUGAAUACUUACGACGAGGCGCUUUCGAGAUAUGCCGAGGGUCGUUUCGCUCGUGACGGCGUUGAAGUCUUGACUGGUGCCCGUGUCAAGGAGGUCACCAAUGAUAGUGUUCGUUUCAGCCAGCUCGAAGAUGGCAAGGAAGUCAUCAAAGAGAUUCCAACCGGUUUCUGCCUCUGGUCCACUGGCGUCUCCCGCGCCAAGAUCUGUGAAACACUAUCCGACCACCUGGAGGGCCAGAACAACAAGCAUGCCCUCGAAACCGACGCCCAUCUCCGAGUCAUUGGUGCACCCCUAGGUGACGUCUACGCUAUUGGCGACUGCUCCACCGUCCAGAACAAUAUUGCGGAGAACAUCAUCCGAUUCUUGCGCACAAUCGCCUGGGAAAAGGGCCGGGAUCCAGAGAAAGUACACCUCACCUUCUCUGAAUGGCGCGACGUAGCCAACAGGGUCAAGAAACAUUUCCCUCAAGCUUCCAACCAUCUCCGCCGCGUGGACAGAUUGUUCGAGCAGUAUGACAAGGACCAUUCCGGAACACUCGAUUACGAAGAGCUCUCUGAACUCCUACAUCAAAUCGACACCAAGCUCACCUCCCUGCCUGCCACCGCUCAACGUGCUAACCAGCAGGGUGUGUACCUUGGCCGCAAGUUGACCAAGAUUGCCUCCGCUUUACCUGGACUCAGGGCCAACGAAAUCGAUUACGGUGACCUGGACGAGGCUGUCUACCGUGCUUUUAAGUACAAGCAUCUCGGCAGUCUCGCAUAUAUCAGUAAUGCUGCCAUCUUCGACUUCGGUGGCCUCAGCUUCAGCGGCGGUGUCGUCGCUAUGUACCUCUGGCGCAGUAUUUACUUCGCCGAGAGUGUUAGUUUCCGAACCCGGUGUAUGUUGGCGAUGGACUGGGCCAAGCGUGCCCUAUUUGGAAGAGAUCUUAUGAGCUUCUAA